AUGGAGUCUAAUAUAUCUUUUUAUAGUUUACCAUUUAUAGAUUCGGAAAAUUCAGAAUCGGGUUUAUUUAGAAGAGGAAACGAAUGUAAUUUCGAUAUUCAUAAUCCACUCUCUUCGAGCGGCGCCUUGUUAGGAGGCGACGAUGUCCUUGCACAAUUUCUCACAGACGGUCCCCUCGAAGAACCCGAUCUUAACGGCCCGACGACCUUGGUCUGUGAAAUUUGUAAAAAGAAGUUCGACAAUGCUAAGAAAUAUUAUGGCCAUUUACGAGUUCAUUCCAAAGAUAAUUUGUGGGUUUGUGAUAAAUGUCCGAAUCAGAAAUUUUCAAUUAAACAGAACCUUAUGAAACAUUAUCUAACACAUAAACCAUUAGCUAGAGUAUGGAAAUGUCCACAAUGUUCUAUGGUUUUUGAAGCGCUUUGGCGUUUACAACAACAUCUUUUUUCUAAACAUUUAAACUACAGACCCCAUAAAUGUGAUGUGUGUGAUAAAUCAUUUCUCAAGGCCUCUGAUUUGAAAAAACACAAAGACAUUCAUGAUGGUUUAAAUAGAUUUUCUUGCACCAUAUGUCAUAAAAAAUUCAAAGAUAAAUCAAAUUUGAAUCGUCACAUGGUUUGUCAUACUAAGGAGAAAAAAUACCGUUGUUUGGGUUGUCAGAAUAGAUACUCUCAGCUGGCUACAUUAAAACGACAUCAAAAAACAUGUACUCAAUUUGUAGACACAGCCAAAGACAAAACUACUAGAAAAAACUAUUGUCGAGAAUGUGGUAUGUCUUUUCAGUAUAAGAGUGCAUUGUUGGAGCACUGUGUUAGACAACACACAGAAAGUGGAACAGAUACAAAACAAAAUACUGAUGGAAAUAAAAUUGUUGAAAAUAUUGUUGAUGAUAUACUAUCAGUUGAAGAUGAUUACAUGACUAUGUCGACAAACCAUGAUAUAUUAAAUACUUUUAAUAAUAAUACAAGUUAUACAAAUGUUACUCCAGAUGAUAAUUUGAUGCAAAUAGAAUUUUUAAAGGAAAUGAAUCAACUACAUUCCUUAGAUGACGAGUUCCUUUAUAAUGAUCUAGAUUUUGACAGCUUACAAAAUAGCCAAAUCUUUAAUAUGAACACUAAUGAUAUAGAUUACAGUGGCAAUGGAGAAAUAUUUGACUAUACAAUAGGUAGCAAGAGUAUGGAUCAAGAUUUAAUGAAUGCUCUUGCAAGAAAUGAUAAUUUACCCGAAGAUUUGUUUAAUUUAAACACGUUUCCUGAUAGACCAGUCUUACCUCCCACUUUGCCUGAUGAGUGUGCUACUAUUUUCGAAAGCGAUGUUGAUUUAGAAGCGAGUACAAAUUUAGCCGCAAAUUUAAAUCAGCUUAUUGGGGAAAAUACAGUGCAGUAUAUUUCUACUGAAGAUGAUGAUACAUUUAUCAUAAGCCUAAACAGUGAAAUCGAUGCCGAGAAAUUACAAGAUAUGCUAAAUAUUGACGUUGAACUAGUCAAUAGUGAAGAAAAAAUAGAAAUGGGUUUGUUAAAGAACGAUUAUGUAGUUAAACAAGAAAAUAAUCUUAUGAAUAACAUUGUACCAGUCAUAAUUAAGGUAGAGCAAGACAACAUAAACAACACAACAGGGACAAGUGAGAGUAAUAUUAAAAAAUAUAAAAAUGCUUUAAAUAACAACAUAGUUUUAAUUAAAAUAGAAGAGCAAGAUAAAACCCGUAAAGUGGAAUUCGAUAAAGAGAAUUUAAAUAUUAAAGAAAGUACAGAGAAGUCAUGUAAUAAUAAAAAGCCAGUGGAGUUCAUUUGCAAGACUUGUAAUAAAGUUUUUAACAAAAAGGAUAAUUAUAAAUCUCACAUAGCAAUUCAUAACCCGUCCCUUCGUCGCCAUCGCUGUGACGUAUGCGGCGUUCGCUUUAGUUAUCGUUCAACACUUAAUAAACAUCACGCGGCCGCCCAUCAGCCGCGAACUUUACCGGAUCACACGUGCCCGCACUGCCCGUCACAUUAUCCCGCUGCAUGGAUGUUAAAACAACACAUAGAGCGAUCCCACGAGGGUAUAACACGUUUCGAGUGCGACGCAGAAGGUUGCGGGAAGCGGUUCUUUAAGAAGUGCGAUCUCGUGGUGCAUCAACGGUAUCACACGGGCGAGCGACCAUUUUCGUGCGACAUAUGCAAGCAGCGUUUUCCACACGUAUCACAUCUUAAAAGACAUGAACGCACCGUCGACUGCACUAAGAGGUCAAAUGCGUUUUUCCAAAAAUCUCAUCUUCCAACCAGUUUGGAUGUCGUCACUUAG